AUCAGAUCCGUGGGAUUCUGGUUCCUUUUCCUUUCUCUCUGUUUUUCUCUCUCUUACACCCUCUUCAAGGUCUCUCAUUUUCAUGGCGGAACCCAAAAAUUAAACCCAAAAAUUUUCCCCAAAAGAAUUCCAUAAAUCCAAAAUCGAAAGAAAAAAAAACCCCAAGUAAAACCCAUCGUUUAAAGAAGGAAGAACUCUCAGUCUUCAGAUCCUAACAAAUAUCAUAUCACUUCAUUCUUACUAUUUCUCGAAGUGCAAACUUUUUCCUUUUUUCCCCAGGUCUGGGGUUUACACGGCUUCGUUUCGGGUAUGAUAUUUGGUUGUCUCAAAGUUGUCACCUUUAGGGUUUAGUGGAUUUAGAAGUUGGGUUAUCUUAAGACUGAGUUGAAUCAUUGAAUCAGUGGAAAGGGGGUUAAUAUGGAGACUCUUGUUGUGGUGGUUGAUCAUAGGAACCAGUACUGUAAUAGGGUGAAGUCACAUGGGCUAGCUAGGUUUGGGUCUUCUUCUUCACCAUCUACAAAUUUCAAUGGGAUUAAUUGUAGGGCUUUUGAAUCUGGAGCAGGAUUACUCCCAACCCCGUUUAAGUAUAGUUCUAUCCCUAUAACCAAACAGCCAUCAAAAACUAUCCGGAAAAGCUCUGCCAUUCCUAUCAAUAGCAACAACAGAACCCCUAGAAAUGAUAAGUCUUUUGAUGAGAUCUCUGGUGAUGGUUUUAUGUACUCGGAGCUUUGGGCUGGACCUGCCUAUUCCAAUUCGCCACCACCGAGCUCUUUGCCUAUACCCAAAUUCUCACUUUGCUCGAAGAGGUCCAUGUCCCUUGAUUUGCCUGCCGCUGUCCCUGUUGUUGAUCUUCACCCGACUGCUAAGUCCGCACCCGCAUCUCCUACUAGGGAACUUGACCCUUCUGUUAUGGAACUUUUUCUUAGUGUAGAUUCUGCGACUAAAUCUUUACGUCGCAUUCUCAAUCUCGACAACACCGAUGAUUCAAAAAGAGCAAAGAGUGUUUGUAAAUAAGUUGUUAGCAAAUUUUGAGUUAGUUUUAGAUUGUAUAUAUAGAUUGAAUAACUUGGUUGGUGAUAUGGAUCAAAGAUGGCAGAAUUGGCAAUGGUAGGGACAAUCUCCAGGUUUUGCUUUAUGAACCAAUCCUUUGCUAGAAUAUUGUGCUGGUUAUAACUUUUCGUUAACAAGAUGCCUUCAAGGUAUAUGUAUUUUGUGACUUUUGUAAGCUUGGGGUGGAAUGGAAGAUGACUCGAGCCAUACGGGAAGCUGUAAGAAGCUUUACACUAGAAUCAAAGUUUCUUCUUUUAGCAUCAGAUACUAUGUAUAUAUAUAAUGUUUGCAGAAUCUCUGGUAAAUUGCUUUCUCUUAGGCUUUUCUCCUUGUGUUCCUUGAUCCCCAAUCAGUGUCCGUUAUUUCUAAAAGCCAAACUUUGAUUUAGCCUCACUUAGUUUGCCUAUAUGGUCUUUGCUUGUAAACUCUUUUCCCUUUGUCCGUCAUUGCCUGAAUUGGCUGCUUAACAAUCAAAUAUCCUCAAAAAUACUCUUUUUGUUUCAUUUAGUAAUGAUUUCUCUCCUCACCAUCUUUUUCUGUUUUUUAAAAGGAAAAAGUGGGUUGGGGGUGGGGGGGAAGUAAAGCCAGUUAUAUUUCUGUAUUUGAAGCUUGUAUCAUUGUCGCCAUGCCAAUGCUAGUCUCGAUUGUCCAAUGGGUGUUAGUGAUCUGUAGUGUUCAUAAAGUCCUUACUUGGAGAUUGUUGACAAUGCCAAGCUACUUACAAGGUAUUUCUUUUAUAAGAAAUUUAGUUUUUUAGGUUAUUUAUGUUAGUUUAAGAAAAACCUUUGCUAACUUUUGCUAACUAUAUGAUCUAUAUAUUUUUUCAGAGGUAAGUAUUACAGGAGGCAUUUGUUAAAGUGGAUCUCUUCCUGCUAGAUAUGUAUAAUCUUUUAAGGCAAGUCUUUGUAGGAACCAUAUCAGUGUGUUUUCGAUUCAAUGAAUUUUCUGUAAGCAGUAGCUUUAUGUUGUUUCGGACACCAUGUUGAUGAUGAAAGUGCAAAUAUAUGUUCAUUUGUUUACUGGUAA